AUGCCGCAUCUCUGCCAGCCGAGACUGCUCGAAAUGUGUCAGGAAGUGCGCGACACGAUCUUCAAGUAUGCCAUCGAAGAUGAGUUACAAGCUCCAACAGCAUCGACGGAUUCGAACAUUUCAUCGGUCAAAGCACAGAGAUCAGGGUGGACUUUGCAUUACGACAAGAAACCGCCUGGCCCAGUCUACAUGAACCUCAUGUUGACCAAUCGCCAGCUACACCAGGAAAUUCAGACGUACUUGGCACACACCAGCCACUACUGCCCAUCCGCGGAGAUGAUUCUGGAGGCCAGUCGCCCCGACCUUACCAUCCAGUGGUCUCGCCUCUCCUGCCCACCAGAGCACAUUCAUGAUCUGACCUUCCACGUCAGGGUCAGCAACCUCUUCGACCCCGCCCUCAACUCGACGCUUUAUCAGCACGACGUCCUCCUUCGACCUAUAUACGAAGUAUUGAAGCGCUUCGCCACCCACGGCCCUUUUGUUGGUCGUGCGAAGCCGCUGGCUCAGCCACUGAGGCUUCGGACCGUCAAAUUCGUGAUCGCUUCCGCAAUACCGCUGGAAGAUAUGAUCCAUGUCUACGGCAGUCCACAGACUCAACUCGAUAUGCUUCACAGUAGACUCUUGCUGCUGCUAACUCGAUUCGCGAGGUCUGGUUUGCUCGCGGGUAUAGUAAUUGAGAAGAUCAUCGUGCUUUCUGACAAUGGCAAGGCCGUCGAAAUCGAGGUCAGUCAUACUCUGUGGAAUGAGGCGGACUAUGUGUUUUUCAGUAAUGUGGGCUUUCAAUGA